GCUAUUGCAUAUGCCUGUGAUUUAAAUUACCGGUUGAUAUAGCCAUGUGCUUCUCAGUUUCAUGAUUCCCGUAUUGGUCAGUCCUGGAAACAAUUUUGUGAGGGCAUGUCGGAUGACGUCCAGUGGCAAUAUGUUUAGGUCUGUGAAGAAAGGGGAGGAAAGGUUGUAUAUUGUGAACAUGGAUGCGGGAGGGGUCAGUCGGUGGUGUCGCUGCGUUUCGACAGCUUGUCGGUGGCAACGCUGCAGAGUAGAGAGGAGGGAACGGAGUGAGAGGCGACAGUCACGACGACUGCAGCAGCUGGUUAAAGUGAUAUAAUCUUGUGUUAUGAAAUGUAAGUUUUCCGGGAAACACCAGGGGAUUUUGGAACCACACCAUAGAAGGUCAUUGCGCUUUUUCGAUCAGUUUUGCGCUCAUUCUUAGUAAUUGUUUUAAUCUCUAAAGCCACUUGAAAUGAAGAAUACUGGUGAUUUAACAAAAGUAACAAUGUGUCUGUGUUGACCUAUGGAUUUACACUUAUCUGGUAUGGAGGAACCUGGUCAUCAACAUGAGUUUUGAUACUGCUAAUGAUGCCAACUUCUGGAGUAACGGGUCCUCGGAGCUGUACGCAGAGACACCAGGACCGUUGUCUGAAAAUAAUUCCAACUUGACCACAGCGAAUUACACAGACACGAAUCCUCUGGACCUUACCAGAGCCGUGUCAGUUGGUAUGGUUCUGGGCGCUUUCAUUUUGUUCGCAAUCGUGGGCAACAUACUCGUAAUACUUUCCGUUGUGUGCAACAGACACCUGCGUAUACCAACGAACUAUUUCAUUAUCAACCUAGCCAUUGCGGACCUGUUGCUGGGUACCACAGUGCUGCCCGUGUCCGCAACACUGGAGAUUCUCGACUACUGGGUAUUCGGAAGGAUCUUCUGUGACAUCUGGGCAGCAGUGGACGUGUUAUGUUGCACGGCCUCCAUCAUGAGCCUGUGCGUAAUAUCCAUAGACCGUUAUAUAGGCGUGCGCUACCCACUGCAGUACCCCUGUAUAGUAACGGAGAAAAGAGCCAUUUUGGCCAUGCUCGGUGUGUGGGUUCUCGCCACUGUCAUCUCCAUCGGACCUCUACUCGGGUGGAAACAACCACCCUCAAAUGAUGACACCGUUUGCCCCAUCACCGAAGAGCCCUUUUACGCAAUCUUCUCCUCCCUCGGUUCAUUUUACAUACCUCUGGCUGUCAUCCUGUGCAUGUACUGCCAGGUGUAUGUAGUUGCCAAACGGACCACUAAGAACUUGGAGGCGGGGGUCAUGAAAGAACGCAUGGACUCGAAUGAGCUCACACUCAGGAUCCACUGCAAAAACGCACAGCUGCAAGAAUACUGCGUCACGGGCAAAGGCCAGGCGCGGAGCACACUGACGGUGAAACUGCUCAAGUUCUCCCGGGAGAAGAAAGCUGCUAAAACUCUGGGUGUGGUGGUGGGCAUGUUUAUUCUCUGCUGGCUGCCAUUCUUCCUCGUGCUGCCCAUCGGGUCGUUUAACGCCGACCUGCGUCCCUCGGAGACGUUCUUCAAGGUGAUCUUCUGGCUGGGCUACUUCAACAGCUGCCUCAACCCCAUCAUCUACCCUUGCUACAGCCGAGAGUUCAAGCAGGCCUUCAUCCGCAUCCUUAAGUGCCGCUGCCAUCAGAAGAAGAAGCAGAAGGGUUGGAGGGCCUACUACAACCAACGUUCCUCUCGCCUGGGCUCCACCAAUACCUCCUACCUGAACGGAAGUCAGCAGACCCUGUCCUCCAUCAACCCCAGCCCUCGCUGUGUCAGCAAAGGGACCGGCUCUCGCCUAGAGCCUGGGUUUGACCUCAACUCCCCAUCCCCCUGCACGUCUCUGCCUGGGAGCCCCUUCAGUGGCCAGACGAGGGCCCUCCCUGGGGCUGUCUACCAGAGCGCCAGCAGAAACAACAAAGUCCACCUGCUCUCUCCCCUGGCCAGGGAGCCAGUUCAUGCCAAUGGACAGAGUAGGAAUGGAGAGGUGGAGCAUGGAUCAAUCAGGGCAACACCUGACACAAUUAUGUAAUGACUGUGUGGGGCACCAGUCAUAAGCAUGGACAAUAUCGUUUGAUAGUCUGUACUAAUGCUGGCAUGAUACUUUUUUUUUUAGAGAGACUAUACAUUGGAUCUUUGUAAAUGUCUAAAUGCAAUAUGGACAGUAGCCUAACUACUGUAGCAGUAUGGAUUGAAGAUCAAAUCAAAUGUUAUUUGUCACAUACACAUGGUUAGCAGAUGUUAAUGCGAGUGUAGCGAAAUGCUUGUCAUCACAAUGUACACAUCACAAUGUGUCCCUAAGUAUUUAUUACUAAGAAUCUGGUUGCUUCUAGUUCCAUGUCCUCCAAAUGUCCUCCUCAAUAGGUAUUUUGGACAAUUUUAGACAGAACACUGAAGUCCUCUGCUACUGCACAAGACAUUUGGUAGAACAAUGUUUGCAGCUCUGGCACAUACUAACUAGGCCCUUGAAAGACUCCAUGAAAAAGGGACCAACUGUGCCCACGUUUUGACUUGAGUUGCACUGGUCUGCAUUUGCAACAGAUACUGUAUAUAUACAGUUGAAGUCGGAAGUUUACAUACACCUUAGCCAAAUACAUUUCAACUCAGUUUUUCACAAUUUUUAACCUUUCAAUCCUAUUAAAAAUUCCCUGUCUUAGGUCAGUUAGGAUCACAACUUUAUUUUAAGAAUGUGAAAUGUCAGAAUAAUAGUAGAGAGAAUGAUUUAUUUCAGCUUUUAUUUCUUUCAUCACAUUCCCAGUGGGUCAGAAGUUUAUAUACACUCAAUUAGUAUUUGGUAGCAUUGCCUUUAAAUUGUUUAACUUGGGUCAAACGUUUCGGGUAGCCACAAGCUUCCACAAGCUUCCCACAGUAAGUUGGGUUUUGGCCCAUUCCUCCUAACAGAGCUGGUGUAUCUGAGUCAGGUUUGUAGGCCUCCUUGCUCGCACACGCUUUUUCGGUUCUGCACACACAUUUUCUAUACAAUUGAGGUCAGGGCUUUGUGAUGGCCACUCUAAUACCUUGACUUUGUUGUCCUUAAGCCAUUUUGCCACAACUUUGGAAGUAUGCUUGGGGUCAUUGUCCAUUUGGAAGACCAAUUUGCGACCAAGCUUUAACUUCCUGACUGAUGUCUUGAGAUGUUUCUUCAAUAUAUCCACAUAAUUUUCUGCCUCAUGAUGCCAUCUAUUUUGUGAAGUGCACCAGUCCCUCCUGCAGCAAAGCACCCCCACAGCAUGAUGCUGCCAUCCCCGUGCUUCACGGUUGGGAUGGUGUUCUUUGGCUUGCAAGGAUCCUCCUUUUUCCUCCAAACAUAACGAUGGUCAUUAUGGCCAAACAGCUCUAUUUUUGUUUCAUCAGACCAGAGAACAUUUCUCCUAAAAGUAUGAUCUUUGUCCCAAUGUGCAGUUGCAAACCGUAGUCUGGCUUUUUUUAAUGGCGGUUUUGGAGCAUUGGCUUCUUCCUUGCUGAGCGGCCUUUCAGGUUAUGUUGAUAUAGGACUCGUUUUACUGUGGAUAUAGAUACUUUUGUACCUGUUUGCUCCAGCAUCUUCACAAUGUCCUUUGCUGUUGUUCUGGGAUUGAUUUGCACUUUUCGCACCAAAUACGUUCAUCUCUAGGAGACAGAACGCGUCUCCUUCCUGAGCGGUAUGACGGCUGCGUGGUUCCAUGGUGUUUAUACUUGCAUACUAUUUUUUGUACAGAUGAACGUGGUACCUUCAGGCAUUUGGAAAUUGCUCUCAAGGAUGAACCAGACUUGUGGAGGUCUACAAUUUUUUUCUGAGGUCUUGGCUGAUUUCUUUUGAUUUUCCCAUGAUGUCAAGCAGAGGCACUGAGUUUGAAGGUAGGCCUUGAAAUACAUCCACAGGUACACCUUCAAUAGGCUAAUUGACAUAAUUUGAGUCAAUCAGAAGCUUCUAAAGCCAUGACAUCAUUUUUCUAGAAUUUCCCAAGCUGUUUAAAGGCACAGUCAACUUAGUGUAUGUAAACUUCUGACCCACUGAAAUUAUGAUAUAGUGAAUUAUAAGUGAAAUAAUCUGUUUGUAAACAAUUGUUGGAAAAAUUACUUGUGUCUUGCACACAGUAGAUGUCCUAACCGACUUGCCAAAACUAUCGUUUGUUAACAAGACAUUUGUGGAGUGGUUGAAAAACAAGUUUUAAUGACUCCAACCUAAGUGUAUGUAAACUCCCAACUUCAACUGUGUAUAUAUAUAUAUAUAUAUAUAUAAAGACAUGUCUCUACAAAUGUUUUUAGGGUAAAAAAAGUUUCCUUGUCAUAAUGUAUUUGCUCUAUUGUAUGUUUGGUGAAACAUUUCUGGAGUCAUGGCAUUGUGUUGAUUGACAUGGCAUGUCAUUAUUGACAUGAAUCCCAGUGUGCAUUUGGGUUUGUUCUCUCAAUUUAAGAAUCUAUUUGGAGCAUUCCAUAACAACCACUGUGUAAUGUAAUAUUUUAAUGCAUUUUUAGGUAUGUAUCGCAUGUGGUGUAUCUUGAUAUACAGUGUCUUAUAGCAGAGUUUGUAGCUCACAUCUGCUAAACUUGAGAUUUAUGUUUAUUUAUUACAAUUUAGGUGGUGAUGGAAAUGUUGUUUUAUGUAAAGGGGAAUGUACUUUUAUUCUCAAACAAUUUAGAAGGACAGUGCAGUAACAACAUAACUAUGUUGACAAAUAAAAAUGUAUCUUAAAGAUGCUCAGUGGCUGUUCAGAUGGAUCUACAGCACAUAGAUCUACAGUACAUAGAUCUACAGCACAUAGAUCUACAGCACAUAGAUCUACAGUAUAUUUAAGGAUAUUGUCAACUCAAAUGCCCUAAUUGCUCUCUUGAAAAUAUGUAGUCAUAUUAAAAUGUAUCAAUCUUAAUUCAGACCAAAUAUUAUUAUUUUUCUUAUCCCACUAUGGUGACUAUAACCAAGUGAAGGGGAACGGAAACGUAUAAUAUACUAUUUCAUUACACACACACACACACACACACACCCAUAACUCGUACCACUCACUGUACAUUCUUUCAAGACACAGAUAAGACAGCACAGAGGUGAAAUGUGUCAAAAGAAAUGGCUUAGUUGUACAUUAUGUUCUUUUGUAAAUGGUUUUGAGUGCAGAGGUUAAAUAAACUUGAUUUAUAAAUGUU